AUCCCCCUACUCUCUUGUAAAAAAAAAUUCACAUCUCGACGCAAUUCUUAAGGAUUCUCUCACCAGCAAACUGAUCUCCCAGGGACACCGUCGACGACGGUAGAAGGAAAAAGAAACGUAGUUGUGUGUGAGAAGAUCUAGCGGUGUGCAAAAUGUCAAAUGGAUUUGUGUGCCUCCAGAUUCUUCUCUUGUGCCUCUUUGUGCAAAAAAUUCACACAGAUGACAAGAAUAUCACGCGGCUCUUGAACAAUCAGCUCAUUGUGAGCAGACAAAUAAUGUGUGUCCUCGAAAAGAGUCCCUGUGAUCAACUUGGACGCCAGCUCAAAGCUGCACUUCCCGAGGUUAUUCUGCGGAACUGUCGAAACUGUUCACCACAGCAAGCCCAAAAUGCCCAGAAGCUGACUAAUUUCCUCCAAACCAGAUAUCCCGACGUCUGGUCAAUGCUAAUUAGAAAAUAUCGUGGUGGUGUUUAAUGCAACGAAUGUGGGCAUCGAGGGAGGACUCAACUAUAUUAUAUAUACUCAAACAGCACAAUGAAUCAAUCAUAACUUUAUAUCAUUAGUAGAAAUUUAUAUUUUCUUUCACACAAUUAAAAAUUACUCACUUCUCGUGAUUCUCACCAAAAUAAAGAAAAGAACUUAAUGAGAAUCAAUGCAGAGGGGAAAAUUCCUGUGUGUAAUUAGUAGAAUUAAUUUGAUUACCCAAAGCAACGAUAGAAUUAAUCCCAUGACUGUGUCUAUUUGUAGAAAAUACUAGAAAGAUGUGAAUGCAACAGAACACAAAGAAAAAAAAACUUUCUACACCUGAAUUAAUCUAAAGCAAUUCAUCGUCAUAUCAAAAUAAAAUUUUAUCACCAUAAAUUCUAUUCUUAAUUUGUUAAUCUAAUGCUAUGAAUAUUAAAAAAAAACUCUUCUUUUUAUUGUUGAGCUAUAAAAUGAGUUCAUUGUCGUUUCUGUUGGCAUAAUGUGAAUAAGCACGGCGUGUGCGACUUUCAAUUUUAUCUCACAAGAAUUUUAUACACACAAAAAAGAAUGGUGGAGAAAAGAGAAUUUUUACAAUGAAUGAUUCUAAUGUAAAAUAACCAAUUCAGCAUUUAAAUCAAGAUAAUUUUCUUUCUUUUUUCUUAUUACAAGGAGGUAUUUUAUUAAAUAUAUUUCGUAUGUAUGCUAAAAUGUGGUUUAAUUACCAAAAAAAAGUAUUGUUAUGUAGUUCUGUUUAAUGAGUUAUUGGAGUUAAUAUGAGCGUGUAAUUUAUAUUGGAAACAAAAAAAAGUUUAAUCAUGUCAUAUGUAUAAUUAAAUGAAAUAAAUGUGUCGAUUGUAUGUAUGUAAA